AUGUCAAACUCCUUGUAUCGUAGUCCAAGUAUGGCGCAUGGAGGUGCAUUAUACAAGUCGCCUUCAAUGAGCGCUUUUGCUGGCGGAGCACCUUUUGGUGCAAUGUCUGUUGCUGAUUUGGGAAGCCUCACUCGCCUUGAGGACAAGAUUAGACUCCUUCAAGAAGACCUCGAAUCUGAACGUGAACUCCGAAAUCGCAUCGAGCGUGAACGCGCCGAUCUUAGCGUACAGCUUAUUGCUUUAACUGACCGACUUGAGGAUGCCGAAGGAACGACUGACGCUCAGAUUGAGGCAAACCGCAAACGCGAAGCUGAACUUCAAAAGUUGCGCAAAUUGCUCGAAGAGUCUCAAUUGGAGGCUGAGGAUGCCCUAAAUGUUCUUCGCAAGAAACAUAACGACGCUUGCCUCGAUUACAACGAACAGAUUGAAGGAUUACAAAAAAAGAAUGCAAAGAUUGACCGUGAGCGUCAACGCUUGCAGCAUGAAGUGAUCGAGUUGACUGCUACCAUCGACCAAGUCCAGAAGGAAAAGCAUGCUGCUGAGAAGGCAGCCGAACGCUUCGAAGCCCAAGCCAUUGAUUUGGCCAACAAAGUCGAGGACCUUAACAAGCACGUUAAUGAUUUGGCCCAACAACGUCAACGACUCCAAGCCGAGAAUAACGACUUGCUUAAGGAAGUUCAUGACCAGAAAGUACAACUCGAUAACCUUCAACAUGUCAAAUACCAACUCGCUCAACAACUCGAAGAAGCCCGUCGUCGUUUGGAGGAUGCUGAACGAGAACGCUCCCAAAUGCAAGCACAACUUCACCAAGUUCAACUCGAACUUGAUGCUGUUCGCACUGCUUUGGAUGAGGAAUCGGCUGCUCGUUCGGAGGCAGAACACAAAUUAUCCCUCGCAAACACGGAAAUCUCACAAUGGAAGAGCAAAUUUGAUGCAGAAGUUGCAUUGCACCAUGAAGAGGUCGAGGAUUUGCGCAAGAAAAUGAUGCAGAAACAGGCUGAAUAUGAGGAACAGAUCGAGAUUUCUCUCCAAAAGAUCUCUCAGUUAGAGAAGGCAAAAUCUCGUUUACAGUCGGAGGUUGAAGUACUCAUUGUAGACUUGGAGAAGGCGCAAAAUACCAUUGCCAUUUUGGAACGUGCUAAAGUUUGUAUAUUUCUAGACGGAAGUAUAUUCCCAUUUCAGGAACAACUUGAGCGUACUGUUGCCGAAUUGAAACAACGUAUUGAUGAGUUGACUGUUGAGCUCGAGAACACUCAACGCGAGUUGCGCGGUGCUCUUGCCGAAUUGCAAAAGAUGAAGCAUCUUUAUGAGAAAGCUGUCGAACAAAAAGAAGCACUCGCACGAGAGAAUAAGAAAUUACAAGAUGACUUGCAUGAGGCAAAGGAAGCAUUGGCUGAUGCUAACCGUAAGCUUCAUGAACUUGACCUCGAGAAUGCUCGUCUGGCUGGAGAAAUCCGUGAACUCCAAACCGCUCUUAAAGAAGCAGACGCUGCCAGACGCGAUGCUGAAAAUCGUGCUCACCGCGCAUUGGCUGAACUCCAGGCAUUGCGAAUUGAAAUGGAACGUCGCCUACAAGAAAAGGAAGAGGAACUUGAAAAUCUCCGAAAGAAUAUGCAAUUUGAGAUUGAUAGAUUAACAGCAGCUUUGGCCGAUGCUGAAGCACGUAUGCGCGCAGAAAUUUCACGGCUCAAGAAGAAAUAUCAGGCUGAAAUUGCUGAAUUGGAAAUGACAAUUGAUAACCUCAACCGUGCCAAUAUUGAGGCACAGAAGACCAUCAAGAAGCAGAGUGAACAACUUAAAGUACUCCAGGCCAGCCUUGAAGACACUCAACGCCAGUUGCAACAAACUCUUGAUCAGGCAUCUUUUAAUACCUGA